GAGGAGAAAAUCAGAGCGACACGCUCUCUCUCGAUUCCCUAGUAUGUCUUGCUCCAACCGCGAUAAGCGCUUGCAACUUUCCCGGAAAAUGAUAUCCUGAGAUUCUCCAUCAUCAUCAUCUUCUUCUCCGUUGAAAUCAGAACAAGAACUCGAAGUCAGCACGAAUGCAUUCGCUGAGCCUGAAGGGCUUCGGCGACGUCAAUGCCGGCGCAAGGCGGUGCUUCCCGUUCCGAGGCGAGCCUGAGGAGGGAGUGGCUCAAGUGCCCGAUCGUCGCUUCAUCCUCGGCAGCGGCGCGGGAGGAGGAGUGGGCAGGGCGGGCAAGAGUUCGAGCCGGAGCUCCAGCUCGCCAGUUGUCAAACCUACGUGCUGCUGAAGCAGCAGAUGGAGGUCGCCACCAAGUCCAAGGCGUAUUCACGUGUGAUGCUAAAUCGUAUCCACCUCUUUAGAGGACGUGGAGAUCGAAAUUUAUACCUCGUGUCCACCUUAAUCUCCACAGAAGGUGUGGAUUCAAUCGAGCAUGGCGCCAUUUCAAUUAGCUAUUUAAUGGACGCAAAAAAAGCAAGCCACGUCACUAACGGAAGCUACGACACGUGGCGCAUUCCUCAUCCAUAAGAAGCAGGAAUCGCCUGCGCCUCGUACGUACCCAGGCACAAAAGAGAAAGCUCACGGAAAGCGAAGAAAAAUUCCCCCAUCAAUUCUCAAUCCCCAAAGUACCCCGGCCAAUCCCCACUUCCGACCACUCCAGCAUCUCAGCAAGGGCUUCCCCGUAAUUCCGACCAUUUCCUGCGGAUAAUCCCCGAAUGUUGUGGCGGACAAUUAACCUUAAAGAAAAUUCCCCCCUGAAAUCCGAGGAGACGAGGAGAAAAUCAGAGCAACACGCUCUCUCUCGAUUCCCUAGGAUGUCUCUCUCUCCAACCGUGAUAGGCCCGUGCAACUUUCCUGGAAAAUGAUUUCCUGAGAUCAUCAUCAUCAUCAUCAUCUUCUCCGUUGAAAUCGGGACCGGAACCCGAAGUCAGCGCGAAUGCAUUCCCUGAGCCUGAAGGCCUUCGGCGACGUCAAUGCCGGGGCCAGGAGGUGCUUCCCGUCCGAGGCGGGCCCGAGGAGGGAGUGGCUCAAUUGCAGCAGAGAGCUUCCGAGGAGGAAUUGCCGGAUCGUCGCUUGUUCGCCGGAGGGAAACGGCGGCGGCGGCGGCGGUGGUGCGGGAGGAGGAGGGGGCGGGGAGGGCAAGAGUUCGAGCCUGAGCUCCAGCUCCAGCGGCCGCUCGUUCCCGACGCGGAGUCAGACCUACGCGCUGCUGAAGCAGCAGAUGGAGGUCGCCGCCAAGUCCGAGGAUUAUAAGGAGGCUGCUCGAAUUCGCGAUUCGUUGAAGUUGUUCGAGGAAGAGGAGCCGGUUCUGCACCUGCGAAGGUUAAUUAAGGACGCGGUCACUGAUGAGAGGUUCGAGGAUGCGGCUAAAUAUCGUGACGAGCUGAAAGAAAUUGCACCCCAUUCACUCUUGAAAUGUUCAAGCGAUGCAACAACCCUGGGUAUCAGGGUUCAAGUCAGGAGUGUGUACAUCGAGGGGCGGAGUCAGCCUUCCAAAAGGCAGUACUUUUUUGCUUAUAGGAUCAGAAUUACCAACAAUUCAGAUCGACCAGUUCAACUUCUUAGAAGACACUGGAUCAUUACCGAUGGCAAUGGCAAAGUUGACAACUUAUGGGGAAUUGGAGUUAUAGGCGAACAACCUGUUAUGCUUCCCCGGACUAGUUUUGAGUACUCCUCUGCAUGCCCGCUUUGCACGCCCAGCGGAAGAAUGGAAGGCGACUUCGAGAUGAAGCAUGUCGACAAGGUAAAUUCACCGACGUUCAAUGUGGCUAUCGCACCAUUCUCGCUCUCCACUUUGGGGACGACUCCGAUGCUUUCUGAUAUCCAGAGGUCUCUUCUCGAGGCAGAUCCGACAUUGAAGCGGGUCUUUUGCUCCAACCGAAUCUCUUGUAAACCAUUUUUACGGUGGAACUGCAUAGCGAAGCAACCCUUAGUUGUACAUACGUCACUCCCUCCAGUGGAGUAUGAACUCUCGUUUUGUCAAAUUUACGUAUAGUUUUCAAUGAGGAAGAAGAUUCGAGUCAUUGACAGUGUUUAUACCACUUGCAUUGAUGCCC